UUAAAAUAAAUAAUUUACAGCGGGGAAUUCACAUUUAUGGUUUGGUCGGCGGUGGGGACGCGUGAAGAGAGGAAGAAUAUAAGAAGGAAGGAAGAGGAGGGGGAAGAUGGGGAUAAUCACUAAACACAGUCUGGGUGAGAUAGUGAAAGCAUCACCGCAGCGGCUGUGAGUGAAGCUGGGAAAGCGACUUCUGGUGUACAGUCGUCUGGUAAAGGUCGCGGAGAAGAAGCUCGCCUCAUCAUCUGGAGUCCGCGAGCCUCCAUGUAGCACCGAGCGACCGUUGAACAGCCGCGACUGUGGCCAACGAUUAAAACCCGAGGAAAUUAUGAGCGAAAACAUCUGGGUGCGGCGCGCUUUAGAGGAAAACGUUUCAGUCGGAGGUCGUACGCAUUUUUAUUUUUUUUUUUACCUUUUCUAUUUCCUUACUGAUAGUCGUGGACAUUUUGGAUUUGUUUGAUGUUCGGUGUCGUUAAUUCACACUAGUUGCGGGUCGUUUCGCCACGUAGUCGCCUUUAUACUCACUGGGAGGGUAAAGCACUUAAAUUAGCGAAAACAGCAGAAGAACUUGAAGGCUCCUGCUUAGAAGAAAUGUACGCAGUGGGCCAGCAGCUUCAACUUGCUCUUUAAGUGGGCACCACUAGCUAGCUGCUAAUCCGAAACCUCACAAGCUAACCGUUGCUUGCUUUUUUGGAAAUUAUUUUUUUUGGAAAGCGGUACUUUUAUUUUUAUUUUAUUUUUUUAACCGUACCUGGACACCAGUAAAUAACGGAAAAACUCUGCGUGAAUUGAGAUAAUCAAAGUGUUGGUGGAUCUGUCGUCGGCCAUCCACUGGCAUCCAGGUCCUUGAAUCAUAAAUGACAAGUCCCUGAGGAUGUCCAAGCGGAGCUUCUUUGUUCGCCUGGUGCCAUGCCGGUGCUUGCGGGGCGAGGAGGAGGUAGUUACAUCUCUGGACUACUCCCACUGCAGCCUGGAGACUGUUCCUAAGGAGAUCUUUAGCUUUGAGAAGACGCUGCAGGAGCUCUACCUCGAUGCCAACCAGAUCGAGGAACUGCCUAAACAACUGUUUAACUGCCAGUUACUCCACCGACUGAGCAUGCCAGACAAUGACCUAACAGUGUUGCCGUCAGCGAUCGCAAACCUCAUUAACCUCAGGGAGCUUGAUGUCAGCAAAAACAGUAUCCAAGAGUUUCCAGAAAACAUUAAGAAUUGCAAAGUGCUAGCUAUUGUGGAAGCCAGUGUAAAUCCUAUAUCUAAGCUCCCAGAGGGUUUCACUCAGCUUCUGAGUCUGACGCAGCUCUACCUGAAUGAUGCCUUCCUCGAGUUUUUACCUGCAAAUUUCGGCCGGUUGACGAAGCUGCAGAUACUGGAGUUGAGGGAGAACCAGUUAAAAUCUCUGCCAAAGAGCAUGCAGAAGCUCACACAGCUGGAGAGGUUGGACCUGGGGAGUAAUGAGUUCACUGAAGUGCCUGAGGUGUUGGAGCACCUAUCUGGACUCAAGGAGCUUUGGAUGGAUGGAAACAAACUCACUUUUCUUCCUGGGAUGCUGGGGACUCUAAAACAGCUGGCGUAUCUGGAUGUGUCAAAGAACAACUUGGAAAUGGUGGAUGAAAAGAUCUCUGGCUGUGAGAACCUGCAGGACCUCCUGCUCUCAAACAAUGCCCUCACGCAGCUGCCCGGCUCCAUCGGCUCCUUCAAGAAGCUGACGGCGCUGAAGGUGGAUGAAAACCAGCUGAUGUAUUUGCCAGACUCCAUUGGAGGCCUGGCGUGUAUCGACGAGCUGGACUGCAGUUUCAACGAGAUCGAAGCCCUGCCCUCCUCCAUCGGCCAGUGCGUCAGCAUUCGCACUUUUGCUGCUGAUCACAACUUUCUCUCCCAGCUUCCCCCUGAGUUGGGCAACUGGAAGUCAGCAACUGUGCUGUUUCUACAUUCCAACAAGCUGGAGUCCUUGCCUGAGGAGAUGGGCGACAUGCAGAGGCUCAAAGUCAUCAAUCUGAGCAACAACAAGUUAAAGAAUCUUCCCUACAGUUUCACCAAACUCAGUGAGAUGACUGCCAUGUGGCUCUCUGAAAACCAGUCAAAGCCCCUGAUCCCUCUCCAAAAAGAGGAGGAUCCAGAGACUCACAAAACUGUGCUGACCAACUAUAUGUUUCCCCAGCAAACCAGGACAGAGGACUACAUCCCCAACUCUGACUCUGAGAGCUUCAACCCGGCCCUGUGGGAGGAGCAACGCAAGCAGCGAGCUCAGGUGGCGUUUGAGUGCGACGAGGACAAGGAUGAGAGAGAGGCACCCCCGAGGGAGGGAAACCUGAAACGAUACCCCACCCCUUACCCAGACGAGCUGAAGAACAUGGUAAAAACAGCCCAGUCCGUGGCUCACAGGCUGAGGGAGGAUGAAACCAGCGACGAGUCUGGGAAAGAGUCCAAACCGGUUGAGAGGAACCACAUCGGAGUGCAAGAUGUGGGAGUUAAGGUGAUUGAGGCCCCACGUCCCAACGGUGUAGCAUCAGACAUUGAAGCUCCAGUAUCUUCAACCUAUACCCAAAAUCCUCCUGCAGACGAAUCUAAAGAGUCUUCACAGCCCAUCAGCUCGCAGAGCAUCCCCGCCAAGUCUACAGAGACUUCAAUGAUGAACCAUGAGGACACACUAGAGGACACGGAGGAGUUAUCAGAGGAAGAAGAGAUGAAGAUUGCAGAGAUGAGGCCGCCUCUUAUUGAGAUUUCCAUCAAUCAGCCUAAAGUAGUUACUCUAAGUAAGGAUAAAAAAGAUGAUGGGAAAGAUGCUGAUUCUUUACUGGAUGACACAGUGGCCAACAGUAACCAAAACAACAGUAACUGUUCGUCCCCAUCGCGCAUGUCCGACUCUGUGUCUUUGACCACCGACAGCAGUCAGGACAACUCCCUCUGCACGCCUGAGAGGGAGUCCAAGGUGCCCUUCCUUCCCAAAACUAGACAAGACGACGAGAACAUGAACCAACCGAAAGACACCACCCCUCUACUCCAUAACGGUAACGGCUCCGAACCGUCCCUUCAGGCCCUCCUGAAAACCCAGCAGACCCCACCAAACUAUGACCUGUCCAUGGAAAACAGAAUGGCUUUCAUCGAAAACGGAAUGGGAGACGCCUACACCAACUGGGACCAGAUCAACAUGAACGUGACCAAGCUGCCAGCGUACCACGGCGCCGAGUUGACAGUGAAGAAUGGUUCGGUUGAGCAGAGCUACGACAACGUGGAUCACUUGCAGAAUGGGAAUCAGCAGGGAGGGGAGUGCAUCAAUAGUCUUGUGAACAGAAGCAGAGGGAUGGAGACGUCUGCAUCGACGGGCGUAGCCGCCAGCAGCGACAUGUCUCUGUCCCGCAGCACGGAGGAGCUGUCCCCAGAAAAAAGAUGUCCUCCCACCCAGGUGAUGAAAUCUCACAGCAUCAGCAAUAUGGAAACGGGCAACUUGAAGCUGUACUCCUUCGAUGGGGAUGAUGAUGCCGCAGUGGUAGCUAGGAUGACUGGGACCGGCCAGGGGCCCGGAGCCCAAGGCCAGAACAUUGUUAGAAGCAAGUCGGCCAGUCAGUUACUCAAUGACCAGAAUCUCUUGGUCUACCCUGGCUCCUCUUCAUCUUCCUCAGACUUGUUGUCUUCUUCUAAGCCCCCUGUUAGCUCAAGCAGAUACCCGGGUAUGAGCAUGGGAGCCCCGCCCCCUCAGUAUAAUAUACAGUACGCGAGCAGCGCCAUGCCUAAAGAUGCCCCCUGGCCUCAAAGGGGGCCCAUGGCGCCGGACCACCAAGGCUACCUCCCCCCUCAUCCACACUCGCUUGCAAACACCAAUUACUCAAACCGUAACCAGGCCCCUCCUUAUAAUCUACAGCCCCAGCAGAGGGGGGGCCCUCUGGCCCCCAUGGGAGACUGGACCAAGGAGAGGCUCCACUCCACCGGCGGGCAGCCCAGAAGCAACACUCUGCAGCGGCAAAGCAGCUCGGCCUCCUCAGUCUCCAUGGGCGACCCGAGGCGCAUCCAGAUGCCGGAGGGGGAGUACAUGACUUACAGGGACAUUCACACCCUCGCCAGGGGGCCCCUGGCAAUGAGCCAGGCCAUGCAGAGGCCUUUCUCUGCUCGCACUUACAGCAUUGAUGCACCCGGAGCUUCCAGGCCUGUGGGUACCAGGCCUCAGCCCCACGAGCUUCCAGAAAGGACCAUGUCUGUUAGUGAUUUCAGCUACCAGCAAGGCAGCCCCAGCAAGCGGCCCAACGCCAGAGUGAAGUCCGAGCACUCGCUUCUGGACGGACCGGGUCAGGUGUCAGGAGGGAUGGGACCUGGGCGGGUGCCAACGGACUGGCGGGACCAAGUGAUGCGGCAUAUCGAGGCAAAGAAGAUGGAGAAGAAUGUGCUGUCUCGCUCCUAUAAUUUCAAUACCUCUCCGCUGAGCUGGUCACAGUACGGCAGCUGUAGGGAUAUGCAUGCCAGCCAAGGAGGCCUGGUGAUUAGCGGCUCUGAGCGACAGCCCUACGGAGCCCUGAGCUUCCGUGAUGAUGUUUUUGUCCCACAAGGACCACAGAGCUACUCCAUGGAUCCUCACAGAAAAGUGCCUUUGAUGAAUGGUCAGAUGGGCCCUUCGGUUCGUCCUCAGAUCCCGAUGUCGUCGAUGGCUCGUCACCCUUCCAGAGAGCAGCUCAUUGACUAUCUGAUGCUCAAAGUCUCCCAGCAGCCUCAUGGGCCUCGUGUUCCUCACGACACGCUGCAGCAAGAGAUGCGUGUGAAAGUAGAGAAGAAUCCAGAGCUGGGUUUCAGUAUAUCAGGAGGAGUGGGAGGCCGGGGGAACCCCUUCCGUCCAGAUGAUAAUGGCAUUUUUGUGACUCGAGUUCAGCCUGAGGGGCCAGCAUUCAAAGUUCUUCAACCUGGAGAUAAAAUAAUUCAGGCGAAUGGAUAUAGCUUUGUCAAUAUCGAUCAUGGGAAUGCCGUGUCCCUGCUGAAGACAUUUCCUACCACUGUGGAUUUAAUUAUCGUAAGAGAAAUGCAAGCAUAGACUCGGCUGAAUCUGUCCUACUGCAGAACGACGCGGCACAUGGAAGAAGAACAUAGAGAUUUAUAGUGACUUGUC